CGUUUGAACUUUCAGGAAAAUAACGCCGUUUGUUUCAUAGGAUCCAGAGAGACCGAUAAUGUGUUUGUCCCGGGUCCAGAGCCUGGCAGUGGCCGCUGUGCUGGAGGACUGCUCGGACGAGCUGGACGUGCUGGGACUCGCUGUGGCUCUGCGGGCUGACAAGGAGCGAGGCCCUGCAAAGGCACAGGAGAAAGCCAGACUGACCAAUCUGCGGAGAGACUGUCAGUCCAUCUCUCAGCAGGUGUUGAAGCUGAGCUCAGAGCUGGAGGAGAAGCAGAGUUUCAGCACCCUGCUGGCGACGUUGGAGGAAGUGAAGCAGGAGCGUGAGGCCAAGGACAUGAAGAGACAGACCAAGACGCAGCUGACGCAAAGAAUUACAACUCUACGGAGACAGCAAGCAGAGCUCCAACAAAAAGAUUGUGCGCUGAAGGAGACGUCCAUGCUCGCUGAAAGACUGCAGGAGCAGCUGAAUGAUCAGACAAUAAGGGAGAACACCAAGAAGAUACUCGAGGAGAAAAGCUUGGCGCUGCAGCUCGAACAGGUGCUCAGCAACAACAGCAAGGCUGAGAAGCAGCUGGAGGACCAGCGGGAGAUGGUGCAGAUACAGCUGACAGAGGAGAAGCAAGUUCACGAAAAGUCAGUGAUAUUCCUGCAAAAUCGACAGAAGGAGCUGCAGCUGCUGCAGCAGCAGUGGAAGGGGCGCACGAUGAACAUGCUGCAGGAGAAGAAGAAGGAGGUGGCGAGCGUGUGCUGCAGGAGGACGCUGAACGUGGACAAGCUGGCGGAGAUGAGGAGGAAGAUCAGGGAGAUGGAGCAGGUGGUGAUGGAGGACAGGGAGGAGCAGGAGAAGCUGCGUCAACAGCAGAUGGAAGCCAGAGCUGCUACCAAGGUGCAGAAGUGGUGGAGAGGCUGCAUGGCCCGCCGGGGCCUCGGUAGUUUUAAAAAAGCUGAUGACAAGAAAGGCGAGAAGAAGAAGAGGAAGAAGAAGGAAGUAAUGAAGAAGAAAUGAGUUUUUUCAACAAUCCUUUGAGGAUAAUU